CAUACGUCGUUAACGUUUCUUUUCUACUCUACCAAUGUCAGUGGUUCGUAAUUGAAAGAAAAUUAUAAAGCAAUUAUUAGCUAAACGUUGCGAGCAAUUUCUAAAGUGUCACGCCGUCAGCUAAAAUACAAAAUUAUGUCAAGCAUCGAAUCGCGAGGAAACGUCAGUUAUUCGAAUAUCGAUUAUCCAGACGCUAAUUACGCGGAAAUCCGAUUACCUAUCGUUGGUUUUCAUUUCUCUUUCUUAUUUUUGUUUCCGACAGUAGCCGGAGCGUUUCCAAGGAGGAUCGGCCAUCCUUACCAAAACAGGACGCCACCGAAGAGAAAGAAGCCGAGGACAAGCUUCACCAGGUUGCAGAUCGCCGAACUGGAGAAACGUUUUCACAAACAGAAGUAUCUGGCGUCGGCCGAACGAGCAGCUUUGGCUAAAACUUUGAAAAUGACGGAUGCGCAAGUGAAAACCUGGUUUCAGAACAGGCGGACAAAGUGGAGGAGGCAAACGGCGGAAGAAAGAGAGGCCGAGAGGCAGGCGGCGAAUCGGUUGAUGCUGUCCCUUCAAGCCGAGGCGCUUGGAAAAGUGGCUUAUCCCGCAACAGUGCCGAAUCAUCCAGCGGGAACCACCGUUCCCAGUUUAGACAGACAACAAGCACCCACUGCUCUGACCCAUCCUGUGGGUCAGUGGGCCUCGCCGUACGGUCCACCACAGCCUCUAGCCGAACCGAUUUGUUGAACCAGGAUAAUCGACGCGGAUUCAAAGACUCUUGCCGAGUGAAACUUGUUACGUAUCAGUCGUGUCACAUUUCUACGAUAGAAUAGUUGUACGUUUUCUAGGACCGGUGCGACUCUUGUCGUUGCAGUCUCGUUGCCGUGGUGCAGUGCUUCGAACGAUCGUACAUUCCCCGCGUUAUUUCCUCGAUAUUUCCAAAGAACAACCACUGACCAUGGCUGGAAACGCGAAGCAAAACUCGUUCUUGUAAAGGGCGAAUCGAACGCUGUUUGGAUAUCAGGAGACGUUGCGCGGCGAAUUGUCGAAACAGGAAACGAUUUUUCAAAAAGACAACGCCGAAGCACGAGAAAGCGGUUUCAAGAUUUCGCAAUAGAAUCGAAUUACCAUGGCCAGCGUUCGCGAUCGGAAUCCGAUCGAAAACCUGUGGGCAGUUUUGGGAAGAAAAGUUCACGAUCAACAGGAGUCGCCGAUAGAAUACGUCAGCGAACUUGGAAAGAGAAAUAAAAUCAGCGUAGGCGAAUACUCGAGACGAAACUUUCGAUAAAUUAGCGGACGGUGUACCUAGAGGAUUAAUUAGUAGCAAUCAAAAGUAAAGAAAAAUCCAUUGAAUGGAAACGUAACGAAAUUAGCAUUGAAUUUGUAUUUUUUCACAGGCGAAAACACAAGUUUUGUACAUUCAGUUUCGCUUUACAUUCUAACUAUAUCAACGAUUUUCUUUCAAUACGAUGAAAAAUCUACAAAUAGGCUCGCGUUUAUAAUUAUUCGCGUCACUGUGUCUCUCUUCGUUUCCACCGUAGAGAUACGAAGACGAAGUACGCGAGUCAUGCGUUAACCGUGCGAUGUGAGAAUAGAAAGAGAACGCCACGUACAGGCCUUUUCUGUUCUUGUCUAAUCAGACAUGCAUCAGACCGCUCGUUGAUCGGUGGUGUUACACUUACAUAUUUGCUGUACGAAUGUGCAUGCUUUAUUAGCUGUUAGACAAGGAACGAGCAGCCUCUAUGCAGCGUUCGCGCACCCUAUCUUCGCAUCUCUGUUAUGUUUUGCCAAUUGCUUUACAAGGAAUAACAGAAUAACAGAGCAGACUUCGCAGCGAGAUGGCAACGACAAAAGUCGCGCAUCUGCGACCGGGCCUUACUGCGAAAAUAGCAGUCGUUCACACUUGAAAACGUUAACAGAAAGAGGGCUGGAAUAGCUUACUCAAUUCGUAUUUUUAUCUUCGUCUCCUUCCAGUUUUCUUUAGACGUGUUUGAAACUUGUAGUGAGAUUUGCUGUUAAAUUUGAUUUAGUACGUUUUCGAUGGAAACGAUGGAGCGAGUAGCUUUUGCUUAAUUUCGAACGAAGAUUUGUUAUUAAAUGAUAGUAUUUGAUGUGAGGGAAAGAUGGAAACUUGAAAUGUAAUUAUAGUUGAUAACGUGGAAAUAUAUAUCGCGAAUGUUGUUGGA